AUGCUCUUCCGCUCUGGAUUCCGCCAUGGAUCAGCGGUACAGGCUGCUGGGCUUCUGCUUGUCUUGCUCGUGCUGCUGCCGCUUCUGCCCGUUGCAGUACUGCUGCUUACGAGGGAACAGCGCCAGCUAAACGAGCAGCAGCAACAACAGCAACAACGCGAACUAGAUCUGGCAGCUGCAGGUGUGCGACCACUGGGGGCACCUCUUUCUAUACAUCCCGUAAAAAGGCAGCAGCAGCACCCGGGUUCGUCUGAGCCAGAGGCUCUGCCUAUCUUCUUGAUGGGGCAGCAAAUGCAGGAGGAGCACAGGGAACUGCAUCAGCCAGAGAAGCAGAUGCAGCAACACUAUGGCCACCCACUAUGGCACCUUUUGAAGGGAGAAACAGCUUCUGAAACAGAAAAUCCUCAACAGAAGCACCAGCACCAGCAGCAGCGGCAGCAACGAGACGAGAAACCGAAUGGGUGGAUUCCCCAGGGGCUUUUAGCGGAGAUGCCAGAAGACCCCGUAUCCCAUGGAGUUUCGGUUUCGGUUGCUAUGCCUUCUGCUGCUCCUCCUCCUCCGUCUGGUGCUGCACGUCUUCCUGUUUCUGCUCUGACGUCGAUGCUGCCGGCGGAAUACCACACAGGAGUCAUGCCGCUACAUUUAGCCCCCAGUUCCCCACCCGCUGCUGUUGUUGGGUCAGAAGUUGCAAACGACAACAUUGGAGAUGCUUCUCGCCAUGCGGAAGGUGCGGCCAUAACGACAGCACCCCCUACCUUUAUGCAUCAACAACUACAGCAGCAGCUGCUGCGGCAACAACAGCAGCAACUGCUGCAUCGACAACAGCAUUGGACGGGAUCCACAAGAGCCCCUUUGCAUCCGGGAACUCCGCCAGCUCGGCCACUCCCUUCUGCCCAGCAGGUGUAUCUGCACCGCACUGCUGCUGCACCGCUUGUGCUGUCUCCAUUUGGCGGCUCAGCCACUUCUCCCACCAGGCAGCAACAGCAGCUCUACUCGCAGCACCAGCAACCGUUGUCAUACCUUUUGCUUCCUUCUCGUAGAGCUACAGUUGCUUCUGCAGCCCCUGCGUCUUCAUCCCUUGUUGAACUAGAGUCCGAGCACCAAGGUAGCAGCGGCCUCCCGCAUCUCGGUGCACAGCAGCAGGUGGUGCAGCAUCAGAAGGGGCAGCAAGUACAGAAACUGCAUCGCGAACAACGCCAUCUAGGAAACGAUGAUGAGGCCGAUACGGAGACAGCAACGCUGCAGGAGUCGGAUUCACCAGCAAUAGCACUGAGUACAGCAUCAGCAGGGGCGCAACCAGCGAUUGCAGCGGGGAAUGAGCCGUCGCUUCUGCCUGGCUUCGUGAACGGGGACAAUAAACAAACUUCAGAAGAGAAGGCAGAUACAUCUGCCGCAGAUGCAGGUGCACUGCCCCACGACUGCGAGACAGCAAAUGGCAGAUCUGCUGCCUCAUCCGCCUGGGAGCCUCGGACAUCUGCGGACACUGUAGCAGACGGCGCAGCAGAACUGGCACCAGAGAAAACAGCCACCACUGCAUCUCUGAAGAAAGACAUUCGGUGGAAUACUUCACCGAUUGGUAAACCUGUAGACCUUCCUGAGGCGGAGUUGGAGCAGACUGCCGUGCCGGGAGAUCCAACGGAAAUAGGUAGUGGAGCUGGUGGAAGCAGCACACAUCGACGGGGUACAGAAGGCGAUGACGAAAGUACGCCCGGUAAAGACAGAAACCCAGAGGAGGCGGGUGAGCCUGAGGAGUCAGAGAGUUUAGAAGCUAAGACAGGGAACUUGCACUUAGCAGCCAGUUUUGGGGAGGAAGCAGAAGAAAAACAGGCAGGUACAGUAGACAAAAUGCCGCACAAUGCGGAGGGAGGGAUGAAGGUUGGUUUGCAAGCAAGAGCUACCUUUGGCGGAAAGAGAGAACAGGAUAGUGAGGACGGCGUUGACAACGACGAUAGUGGUGAUGAAGAUGAAGUUGACGGGCUGAUCCAACUUCUUCCCAGCAGCAGCGGCAGUAGCAGCAGCACUAGUAGCAGCAGCACUAGUAGCAGCAGCGGCAACACUAGACACGGGAAGUCGCACCAAGUGCAUUGGUUAGACGGCGAUCUUUCUAGCCUUUCACCAGAUCUUCAGCGCGAAGGUGCAGCAGGGGAUAAAAUGCCCCUUCACGAUGACCAGUGGGAACCGGAUCAGCAACACCAACAAUGGCAGGAGUUCAACCCAGCGACGGCAAAAUCAGGUGACAGCCUGCGAGUCGCUGUCAGUCAUGAAGCGAUGAUUGUGCCUGGUGCUGCUUCAGCCCUAGCUACAGCAGGUUCAGAUGCGGAACCUUCUGUUUCUGUUAGCCCCAUUGCGGCUGCACUUCCGGGCUCGUCGCUCUCAAAGAGGCCCGUGGUAGGUGCUACCAAAUCCCUGACAGGUCACGAUUUGGGCGCACGGGUACGACUACAUCCUGGGGGAGAUCCGACAAUGCUGCUUCUGCAACAGCCAUUGCAGCAGCAUCUGCAGCAACCGACUCAGCAACAGGUAAUACAGCCGGUACACCAGCAGGUAAAGCCCCCAUUGCAGGAACCACUACAUGCACUGCCUCAACCGCUGCAACAGCCCUUGCCGCCUCCGCUGCAGCAGCAACUAGGAGACGCCAGCUCUUUGCUGACCCCACAGGAGUUGAUCAAGCAGCAGCAACUUCAGUUACAGCAGCAACAGGCAAUGAUGCAGCAACUGCAGCAGCAAGUGGCAAUGCAGCAAGACUUGUUGCUACGGGCUCAAGAACAGCAACUGCAACAAACUCAGCAUCAGCGCAUGCAGCAGCAGCAACAACAGCUCCUCCAUAUGCAACUAGCCCAUGUCAGCGAGAAACAGCAGGUGCAGGGAGCUUUGCUGCAGCAUCACCUCCACCAGCUGCAACAGCAGCAGCUGCAGCAUCAGAAACUCCAGCAGCUGCAGCAGCAGCCAUUACAGUCACAAACGCAGGUCCUAUAG